CAACUUUGAGUCUUCAACUCCCUAUACUUUCUCACUUCAUCUUCCACCGUAGCGCUCUCUGCUUCAACUCGUAACUCGUAAUCCCAGCCAUGGAAGCACACGAGUUUUUCCAGACCACCUUCUGUCCCCAAUUCCCCUCCGACAACAACCUCAACGCCUCCUCCGCCGACCACUUCAUCGUCGAGGACCUCUUCGACUUCUCCAACGACGACGCUGCUAUCACCGACACCACCUUCCACUCCGUUCCCCAAGACGAUUCCCCCACCGAAACCCCAGUUGACAGCACCAGCAACUCCAGUUUCCCAGUCACCGACGGGCAUUUCUCCGGUGACCUCUCCGUCCCGUACGAUGAUCUAGCCGAAUUGGAAUGGCUAUCAAAAUUUGCAGAGGAAUCGUUUUCCAGCGAGGACUUGCAAAAGCUGCAGCUGAUAUCCGGAAUCAAAGUGCCAAACGACGCCGUCUCUCAGCCCCGUGAGCAAAACCCGGUGCUCAACCCGCAAGUGUCGGUUCCGGCAAAGGCCCGCAGCAAGAGGUCUCGUGGGCCCCCAUGCAAUUGGACCUCUCGACUUGUCGUGCUCUCUCCCACGACCACCACGUCGGAGUCUUCGCACUUCGACGCAGGGAAGAAGCCCGCGCCGAGGAGGAGGGACGCCGCCGACGGAGGAGAGGGGCGCAAGUGCCUGCAUUGCGCCACGGAUAAGACGCCGCAGUGGCGGACUGGGCCCAUGGGCCCAAAGACCCUGUGCAAUGCGUGUGGCGUGAGGUAUAAGUCGGGAAGGCUGGUGCCCGAGUACAGGCCCGCGGCUAGCCCAACGUUCGUGCUGACGAAGCACUCGAAUUCGCACCGCAAGGUGCUGGAGCUCCGGCGCCAGAAGGAAAUGAUGAGGGCCCAGCAACAGCAGUUACUCCAACUGCAGCAUCAACAGAACGUGAUGUUUGAUGUCUCAUCCAACGGUGACGAUUACUUGAUUCAUCAACAUGUGGGCCCUGAUUUCACGCACUUGAUCUAG